AUGGCUCUUGUGGAAGAGCGGCGUGGCAGCUUCAAUAAAGUUGAUUGCCACGGCCCACAUCUGCCAGCUCCGUUCAUCGCUAGGAGGCACUUCCAGAGCGCGAGCCAGUCGAGUGAGUACCACAAACAUGAAGGUGGUGCCGCUUUGGGAAGGAGGCACGUCCAGAGCCCGAGCCAGUCGGGUGAGUCCCCCCGGCAUGAAGGUGGUGCAGCUUUGGCAAGGAGGCCGAGCCAGUCGGGUGAGUCCCCGAAGCCUGAAGGAGGUGCAGCUUUGGGAAGGCGAGAAAAGUCCCUGAAGACGCUGCUUCUGGUCCAGGGUCAGAGCCUGGCCCCUUCCGCAGAAGCCGCGAUUGAGCUAAAGCCCCACGACUGCUGGGCAGCCUCGAAUAUGAAACCGCAAGGCCCCAUGGUCCGCCCGAAGCUGUCAGAUGAGAGCAGGACCCAAAAGCAGCCAACCAAUUACACCAAGUCCAGACGCGAGAUUGAUGUGCCGACAGCAGAGGAAGCAGUCUCGCCCAUAGUAAGGAAGUGUGUGCUACAUCCAGGUGGCACGUGGCGCACGUUUUGGAACGUGCUGGUCGCCCUGAGUAUCUUUUAUGAUUUGCUUGUUAUCCCCCUGUACGUCUUCGACCUUCCUUCGAGCGUAUUUCUUGCAGCAGCGGGGUGGUACAUACAACUCUUUUGGAAUGUAGACUUUGUUCUCUCCUUUCUCACCGGGUUCUACGAUGAAGGGACACUUGUCCUGACCCCAUCCAGAAUCGCAUGUCACUAUGCACGCACUUGGAUGCUCUUCGACAUCAGCCUUAUCUCCAUGGACUGGUCCUUUGUCGUGAUGGACACCAUGGAUGCGGCCGAAGUCGAGUCGUUGCAGUGGUCUCGCAGCUUGCGCAUGCUGCGAUUUCUGCGCUUGGUGCGCAUGCUGAGAUGGGUCAAGCUUCGCAGAGUCAAUGAAGUGUUUCAAGAGUAUUUUCAUUCGCAGGCAGCCAGCUUGUAUUAUGGCCUGGCCAGCAGCAUUGCGCAUCUGAUGGUGCUGAACCACUUAGUUGCGUGUGCAUGGUUUGGGGUCAGUCGGCUGAGUGAUAACAACUGGGUGCUGGACAGCCAGAUCGAGGAGGAUCCGAUGGGCCACCAAUACCUCGUUUGUCUCAAUUGGGCAUUUGCCCAACUUGGUGUCGGCAGCAGUUCUGCGAAGCCCACGAACAGCUUGGAGUUCGCAUUCUGCAUCCUGAUCACUUUUCGUUCUUUGAUAACCUCUUCAACCCUCAUCUCGACAGUGAGCAACUUGAUGGCGGGUCUGAGCAAGAUCAAAGAGGAUGAGAACACAGAGUUCCGACUUCUCCGUUGCUAUCUGUCGCACAACGACAUCCAACCCGAGCUCGGCCAGAAAGUGACGCAGUUCCUUCAGCACCAGUACACGCUCAGGCAGGAAGCAAGGUCUGCUGAUAUGGAGGUUCCCCUGCUCGAGCUCCUGUCGCAUCAGCUGAGGGGCGAGCUUCAGUUUGCCAGGCACCGGAAGUCGCUCAGGAAGUUGGCUCUGAUUGAUGACAUGAUGCAGGGUGAGGAUUUGCAAACCUUGCAUGUGCUGCACCGAUUGGCCAUGAUGGCCUUGAGCAAUGCAUCGGUGGCAAGCAAAGACAUGAUCUUCUUCAGCGGCACCAGAGCUGCACACGCCUACCUCAAGCUAAGCGGCGAAUUGAGGUACUUCGCCGACAGUGCCGAACAGAGUUUGGACGACAGUGUCUGGAUUGCCGAAAUUUGCUUGUGGACACCUUGGGUCUAUUUAGGAGACCUAAUGGCAGAGGAUGUGAGCCGAUUGGCUGUCUUGGAUGCUGACCAGUUCUGUGAAAUUAUGUCGCAUAGCUGGCUGACGCAGCGAGCUGCCUCCAGACACUCCAGGGAGUUUCUUGAAGCCUUGAAGCUCAAGCAGGACCAGAGUGAAUGGACCGACAUCUUCCCCCAGGAUGAUCCACAAAGAGCUUCAUCGGCAGUGCCCUUCGCAGCGGAUCUGCCCAAACAGUGCUGCGCACGCCUAUGCUCCAGGCAACAGCCACGCAAGAUUGCGCCCAAUGCUGAUUUCGAUGAUGUGAGAGGGACCCGGUCCCGCGGGUCCACUCAGGGUCGUUAG